UCACAGAAGCGCCGCCAACUAGAGGCCGAUGAACGACCAGGAACUGGUCAGACUCGUUCAAAGAAAGCAAGACGCAAAGGCAAACUCUCACUAAUUGUAGACAUGCCCCUGGACAUCCUUCUCGAAAUAUUUCAGCACCUGCAACCCCUCGAUCUCCUGCACAUGGCACGGACCACCAAAUCACUGCGGGGUAUUAUCAUGCACCGUUCCGCGAAGACCAUAUGGACGGCCUCUUUCGCGCUUCGUCCAAACUUCCCCGAAUGUCCCCCAGAGAUGUCGUUACCGGCGUGGGCCCGCUUCCUCUGCGACCCGCAUUGC